CAAGACAUCAGUGUGUGUAUUUUAUUUAUGACUGCUUUGUCCCCUGUGUGCCCUAGAGACUCAUUGAUGUGUGAAUAUGAAGUUCUCAGCACCAAAUUGUGUCUUGCAGAUACCGUCUGGGAAGAAGCCUCUGAUCUGUUGAUAUUGUGCCUGACCAUCUUUAUAGCUUCCCUCAGCAGACAAACUGCACUGGAAUCUACUGGGCAGAACUUAGUUGACCCACAUCUGUCUUCCACAUCAUCUGAAUCCAAGUGGAUACCUUUUCACUUCUUGGAAACACAAGGUCAAGGUUAACAACAACCAAAACGAUGGCCAAUUCAGGAUUCCAGCUACUUGGUUAUUUUCUUGCAUUAGGAGGUUGGAUUGGCAUAAUAUCUACGACGGCUUUGCCCCAGUGGAAGCAAUCGUCCUAUGCAGGGGAUGCCAUUAUCACAGCAGUGGGACUGUAUGAGGGACUGUGGAUGUCAUGCGCCUCUCAGAGCACCGGCCAAGUGCAGUGCAAAGUCUACGACUCUCUGCUUUCCCUGGAGGUUCACAUCCAAACAACGCGGGCACUCAUGGUGGUCGCCAUGCUCCUGGGAUUCGUCGGUAUUAUCAUCAGUGUGGUUGGAAUGAAAUGUACUAAAGUCGGAGAUAACAACCCCAUUACCAAAAGCAGAAUUGCUGUCUCUGGGGGAGUACUUUUCCUGCUAGCAGGUCUUUGUACCUUAAUAGCAGUUUCGUGGUAUGCAACACAAGUCACUCAUGACUUCUUCAAUCCCAACACUCCAGUGAAUGCGAGAUAUGAAUUUGGCUCAGCGCUGUUCGUUGGCUGGGCCUCUGCCAGCCUGACAAUGUUGGGGGGAUCUUUCCUGUGUUGUUCCUGUCCCAACGAUGAAAGAAGAGGACAGCAGUAUUACAGACAGUCGCAGCCUUCAGCUACAACCAGAGAAAUUACAAAAAUGCCUGCCAAGAAUAAAGAAGAAACGAGCUAAUUGUGGAGACUAUCAGGAUUAGACUAAACUUUCUUUGUCAAGAGACUCGGCUGCAGGAACGACAACAAAGGAGGAUUCAGUUGAACAUUACAGAUGAACUUUUGUAAAUGUAACAGUCGCUUGUGACUAAUAACAAUGGUUUACGAAAAAGCAGCAAAUUUCUGUGGUUAGUCUCUGUAAUUGGCAGAAGGAAGACGGACAGAUAUUUUCUCUACUGAGACAUAUUUUGACUAUGGAAUUCCCCCAUAUAUUUUACCUUAUCUGUUACUUUCAGCUCUGCAUCUGUGAAUUUAAGAUUUAUAUGAUUUUCUUAAUGUACUAAAUCUGCAGAGCAGCAAAAUGCUUUGCUAUAAACAUUUUGGGUAUCUAAAGAAAUACCACAAUAUGGUUUAGUUGACAACAGGGUCAGCCCGGGCUACCAGAAAACCAGAGGGACUCAGGGUGGGCCCCCGGAUUUAAGAAGCCCCAGUCUAGUUGAAUUUCUAUGACUCAGUCCUUAUUUCACCGGUGGACUUAUAUAUAAACCUAUUUCAUUUGGCACAUUUUAUAUUUAACUGCUUUAAAAGUGGGCCCAAGGUGUCAGGUUUUCUGUUGGGCCAUAGGAAACCCAGUUCAAAAUGCCACUGUUUGCACACAAUAACGUAAAGCUUGUUUUAUUGAAAACUGUAUAUAAUAAACCCAGGGUCUGGGGGCUUGUACACAUGUUUUUUUGUGAAUAUAACCCACUAACUUAAAAAAAAAUAACCUUUAUAAUUAAAACUCAUCUUUGAAAAUGAAAUAAAAAAAAUAAAUGUCUAGAGCUACCCUUCGAUUUUCCUCGAAAGAAACAAAGCUGUUACUGGGAGAAACAUUUUAGAUUUGGUUUAUUUAACUCUUAAUAUAAAUGCAACAGUUUUUUUACUGCAAAUAAAAUAUACAGUAAACACCA